CGAAAUGAGAACAAUACAAAUCUCAAAGCUGCCGCCUUCAGACUUAGCGCCUGCAAACUAGCACCGCGACGCUACAAACACCCAAUUCAAUAUUGAACAGAAUUUCCGUCGGAAGCGUCGAAAAAAUAUCAGGCCGGAUUUCCGUCGUAUUUAUAGGGCUGCCAGUUCCACAAUUCCAACCGAUCGAGAAAUAUGACGAUGGCAAAGUGUAGUGAAUGUGUAUUACAGUAAAUUUCAUCAAUCAAAACAGAAAAUUCCUAGCGAUAAGAGCACAAAAUCAGUUAUGAAAAAACGUGGGGGCUUAUAGCACCGACAGCAAAUACGGAUGUAUGAUGGUGCGGUGUGAUGGUUCUAAAAAUACGUGAUUAUUAUUAGAGAUUCGUUGUUCUGGGAGAGAUAAGAGAUAAGCAAAAUGGCUUUAGUAAUGCUCCCCUGUGAUUUGCCUUGGUGGGACUCGGUGAAGAAACACUUGAAACGAAUAGCAAACACCAAAAACACUCUGGAAUUAAUCGAAGGAAUGCAAAAAAUCCACGAUAUGUGCAAUGUUAGUCUAGACCCUGAAGAAGACACCAAUGACCCUGACCUCUUCGUCGGCCUUCUAAAUUUUCUAGAUAAUGAUCUCACCAGUGAGGAAAGAAGCAAUUUUUUGAAUAAAACUUUGCCAAAUAUAGUAAAAAGGGCCUUGAGAUUGAAAGAUCAUAAACCGAAAAAUGGCCUACAUUUCAGUCUGCAACAGCAAUCGGAUUGUACUGAACUACAAUACUCAUUUAUAGCGUCUCUAAUUGCCAAUGCGUUCUUUUCGACAUUUCCAAAACGGUCCGACCGGACUCACCCCACGUUACAAAAUUUUAAUUUCACUCAUUUUUUCAAACAUUUAGAUAAAAAUGUCCAAAAGGCGAAACUUAAGAGUAUUUUGUAUUAUUUUGACUGGUUAGAACAUAGUGAUAAUGCUACAGGGUGCCUUAAAAUAUCACGUCAGGUAAUGACCAGUAAAGAGUGGUUAACAAUCGAAGACUGGUUAGAAUGUAGCCUCCCUUUGUGUCCCUUGCAAAUUCGACACGAAGGUAAACUCGAAAGAAGUGAGUCGGAUUCAAUGCAAGUUUGUUUCGCCAGUUCGAAAAUUGGCGGCAAUGUCUUAGGUGAUGGCAAUACUCAGGAAUGUAUAAAUCUAGUCACUUACCCCGAAUUACUAACCGUCUUACUCAACGUAGAAGCCCUGGAAGAUAACGAGGUGCUAACUGUAGAAAAAAUUAGGCAUAUUUCUCGAAUAGUUGACCCCAAAAACCGCGCUUCGCUUGAGAAAUUCGACGUUCCUCAAGAGAUGACAGUCUGCUGUGUAGACGCCGACGAUUACAAAAAACUGCCAAUCGGGCAGUACGAAGAAGAUAAUAUUUUACGCGAACUCAACAAGUGUCUUUUGGCCUUCCAGCAGAAGCAAUUCCGCAACAACGAGCCCCAAAACCUGCACAUGAACCGACAAAGGCGGCUGUCGCCCAUCGGCGAGUCGAUUGGGUCCACUCAAUCCGACCCUGCAAUCCCCCUUAUAACACAACAGUCUUGUAGCACAAACCGGAGCACAUCUCCACCCUCAUUUUGUGAUAACAACAAUAUCUCAAAUAACAAGCUUCGAGUUCAGUUAGAAGUCGAGCGAAACUUGCAGAAGAAAGGACAAAUUAAUAACGAAAUGUUGGUGAAUAACCGACGAGGGAGGUUUAUUGUCUUGGGGUCCUCAGGGGAGUGUCUUCCAGUGACGAGGAAACCGGUGGACUCGCCCCCGAAAAGCGUAUACUCCAGUUGUGAGUCCAGCGAGGAGGAGUUUCUGAGUGCCAAGACUAGUGUAGAUGACGAAAGUGAAGAUGAAAAUUAUCAUAAGAGAUACAGUAUUGAUUUAGAGACUCCCGAACGUCGUCACACUUUUGCUCAAAGACUCAGAGAUGCAUUAAGGAGAGAGGUUUCAGACACUUUCAGCAGCUCAUCUGAGUCGAGUUAUGCUGUGGGAAUCUCAGUGGCCGGCUCAGACGUGCAAGACAAACAAAUUAAAGUCCGACGUGGGGGUUCCACUGGAUUUGCCCUCAAGGAGGAUUCCCUCGAUGAGAAUUUCCUCCAGGAUUCGUUGCAACAGGAGAAGCAAUGGAUCGAUAAAUUCAAAAACAAACAAUCCGUUUUAAGCCGAAAAGAAUCAAACAAGUCGUCCGAAUAUAGUUUUAGUACUGAAUAUAGUUCCGAAUUGGAGGAAGUUUACGAACAGUUCUCGCGUUGGCUCCAAAACCCGAUUCUGGAAACGGAAAAAGGGACGAAGAAGGAGUUGGAAGGCCGAGAUUUGGCUGUGGUGCAAUUCGCUGGAUCGUUAUUAAAACGUACUCUAAGUGAAUCCUUCGCUGGGGUUCCAGUACCAUUAGCAGAAAACGCUGAUACGACCCGAAACCCCGAUUUUAACACAGUUAAGAAAAAUAAAUUAGUGCUCAGUGCAAAAUCGCUCAGUUUGGAGUUGGCUCGACAAAAACACAAACUGGCUGCUCAAUUAAUCAGUAAAGAGCCCUUAGAUGACGAAAAAUCUAAUUUCUCUCUAACAAAAGACGUAGAACCUGUUUUAAGUGAUUGUAAUUUAACAAGUAAAAAGCGUAAAGCUUGGUUUAUAUCUUGCGUAAAUGAAGCCAUCGUCCAAACUCUAGAAGAUAUUUCUUGUAGCGUUAGUUUACCCAAAGAAAAACAGAUUUCUCAGAUAACGCAGAGGCCCAACACCGGGCUAAAGCCUGUCGCGACAGGGAAUUGGGGUUGUGGUUCUUCUAAGUGCGGAGAUGUGCAAUUAAAAGUGAUAAUUCAAUGGUUGGCGGCGAGCGUGGCCGGAAUCCCGACCCUUAAAUAUUACACUUGUGGUCAUCAGAAAUUGACAAAACUGGAUACAGUGUGUAGAAUACUCGUUGAUAGGAAAUGGACUGUUAAAGAUCUUGCUCAAGCGACACUUAGGUACUCAAAUCAAGUACUACACGGACGCGAAGUCAGUGGAACCUUGUUUGAGGAGUUAAUUGGAAUAGAAAGAACGGUUUGAGAUAUCUAGUCACACUUCAGUUAUUAGCAAACACAUUCUUAUAAUUUUUUUACUUCAGAUAAAAUGAGCUUCCGCUUGUUUCAUUCAGUGUACUUGUUUUGAUAAAAACGCAUAUAUUGUAAAAUUAUUUUAAUGUUAACGUAACAAAAAUAUUUUGUAAAAGCAGGGAGAUUUUUGUGUAUUCACCGUGUUGUGUUAAAUAACUAAAAAUUGAUUCUGUGAUAAAAAUCACAUAAAUAUCUCUCUGUACACGCACACAAUCACCACUCAAUGAAGAAUUUACAAACUGCAGUCUUCCCAAAAUUUUUAUACAAGUAUCAUUGCCUUUUAUAAGCUCUUUUGAUAAAAAUUGCCGCAAAAUACAAUAAAAGACAAUUUGUAAUAUUGAAGGAUUGUUUAAUAGAAACUUUAAUACAGAGCUGAGGGUUAUAAAUAAAUCGUUUUUUAUGAA